CAGCCGCAGCCAGAGGUAGUCGAUCGAAGGGCUGGACUUGCGGCGGGGGCGUAGGGUCGAUGAACUCGGUGCUCGUCCGAGGAAGCGGAGGCGAAGACGGAGCCGUCGCGCGAUGAUGGCGGCUAACCAGCCUCCGCCGCCCAAGCCUUGGGAGAACAGGCGCCUAGCUGCUGAUGUGAUGGCCAACCAGCUGACUCGGCCUGGACAACCCACCCUGACACGAGUGCCCCCUCCUAUUUUGCCAAGGCCAUCUCAACAGGCAGGAAACAGUUCCCUGAAUACUUUCAGACCAUCUUACAGCAGCUCUUUUUCUCCAGGCUAUGGGACAUAUGGAAAUUCCUUUUAUGGGAGCUACAACCCUUACAGUUAUGGAUAUGGCGGUUUGGGCUACAAUCGGUUUCGAAUGGAUGACAUUCCUACCAGCAGAUUUGUUCAACAGGCUGAGGAGAGCAGCCGUGGUGCGUUCCAGUCCAUUGAAAGCAUAGUACAUGCCUUUGCUUCGGUGAGCAUGAUGAUGGACGCUACGUUUUCUGCUGUCUACAACAGUUUCCGAGCAGUUUUGGAUGUAGCCAAUCACUUCUCCCGACUCAAAAUACAUUUCACAAAGGUGUUUUCAGCUUUUGCAUUAGUCAGAACUAUAAGGUACCUCUACAGGCGUUUACAGAGGUUGCUGGGUAUGAGAAAAAAUUCAGAGAAUGAGGAUUUGUGGGCAGAAAGUGAAGGAACUGUGGCUCGCAUUGGACCUGAGGACAAGGCUGCUAACUCUGCAAAAUCCUGGCCUAUUUUCCUAUUCUUUGCCGUUGUUCUUGGUGGUCCCUACCUCAUUUGGAAGCUGCUAUCCACCUACAGUGAGGAAGAAACAGCUUCCAGUAACUGGGCAAGUGGAGAGGAUGAUCAUGUUGUUGGGAGAGCAGAGUAUGACUUCAGUGCUGUUUCGGAAGAAGAAAUUUCUUUCCGUGCUGGUGAAAUGCUAAAAUUAGCCCCCAAAGAACGGCAACCCAAAAUACGUGGUUGGCUUUUGGCUAGCCGUGAUGGCCAGACAACAGGACUUGUACCAGCUAAUUAUGUCAGGAUACUUGGCAAAAGGAAAGGUACGAGAACCUCAGAGUUGGAGAAGAUUACUGAGCAUCAGCCAGCGUUUACCAACACAACUUCAGUUCAAGGAGUUACAGCUGCUGACACGUUAGAAGAGCAAGAAGCUGCCUUUGAGUCUGUGUUUGUGGAAACAAAUAAAGGUCCUGCUACAUCUGACUCUGCUGUGCUCGAUGGAGACAAACAGGAACUUUGAUACAUCUGGUUAUCAAAGCGAUUGGAUUGUGCUUACCAGUAAUAUUGUAGGUAGCCAUUCAGUAGUGAUGUAGUAGAACGCUGUUGCUGACCAUAUCCAGGUAAUUUGCUGUUCAAACCUGGAAGAGAGAUAGUGAGCAGUGUUAUUGUCCCUAAUGCUCUGCUUGGUUCAUUUAAUGUUGGAUGGCUAGAUUCAGUUAGCUACUAUCAGUUUUAGGAUCUCAGGCUUGGAUGAAUUUUAGAAUCAAGAAGGCACAGCAUCAGGUUCUUCUUGACAGAAGCAGCAGUGCUCACAGUUUCUUUAGACAGCUCUAUGUUUAAAUUCAUACCCUCAGGCUGAAGAAUCCAUUUUGAUAUGCUGUCACAGUGGCAUCUGGCAAGUUCAAAUGAAAGAUGCUGUUCUCUAAGAGUCUCUAAGCAUACUAUGAGGAUUUUCCUUCUUAAACUCAGUUUUUGUUGGGGAGAAUUUCAUAGAAAAUUUGGGCUAAUAAUGGGUAAACUGUUGGGUGGGGGAGGAUUUUAAUGCUUCUACUGAUUGGCUUUGUAUGGAAUUAAUUGACUGACAGAAAAGCCACUUCAUUAUAGUUCCAAGCAGAUUGUUCUGCCAAGUCACUUGGUCCUCUUUGCAGAGAUGAACAUUCUUCUUACUGCAUUUGUCUGAACUUUGAGAAUUCCUCCUUUUGUUCUGGUUCAUAUCACUGUAAUGGUUUGCCAGGACUGACAUACAAUCACUCUUUCUCUAGACUUAAGCUGCAUCACUGCUCUUUUCCCUGCCAAGUAAAUCUCACUUAGGCUCAAAUUAAACAUAAUGGCAACAGAUCCACGUGCUUAAAUCCAGAUCUCCAGCCUUUAGUAGAAUGGUUGGAACCAGAGUGGUUGGUAAAAAUCACAUGUAAAUCUUUUUCUGUGGUUCUUACUUUAAAAUUGCUGCUGUAUGUUGUCCCGUUUAUCACUUACCAUUCUGCAGUCAGCCUGUAGUAUUUGCCUGAGACUGUACAGGUUGAAUCCCACAGGUCUGUUCCUCUACAGCAGCUCCUUCUGGAGCCAGGAGUUUUUCCUGGUGCAAGAUGCUCUGCCACUUUUGUUAGGGGAAGGCUGCUUAUGCUGGGGGGAGGCACCACCAUUAGUGGAACAGAUAUGUGUUUUCCAAUAUGAUAUUGGCCCUAAAAGGUGAGGCAAAUUGGCAUGAUUUUUUCUUCUUUCCUAUAAAUCACAUUUACUUCUGUAUCAGGGCAAUACUUUUCUGAAUGGUUAAGUUAACAAUCCAGGUUUGUUCCAAGAUGACUUGACAAGCCAAUUUCAUGAUGUAUGUAAUAGACACAGUGGUAAACCGGACCUCCAGCUUUGAAUUGGCAAUGUAUUAAUCUUCUCCAUAGCCCAUCUGAAAAUGAACGAGAAUUCAAAACUGGGAAGUACUCCUUCUGAUACUAAGUUGGUAUCAUGAGUUUGUUUGGUUUUUUUAAUCAAAAUGCUUCUGUAUGGCUUCUUAUCAGUUUUCACUGCAAGACAAUUCGCAUUCUGGUCACUUUUAACAGCAUCGUUUCCACUCACUUCUGAGCAAUUUGGUUUCCUGAAAUAAAUUUCAGUGCAGGUAGUGAAUAGUUUAAAGGAGCAGAUAACAUGGUCAGGUUGCUUUGCUGGAGAGAGGUUUGUAAAACUGGCCAGAGUUGCUAAACAGAUUAUUGUGCUGGGCUACUAAGAGUCUGGAAUAGCACUGACAUCUUCCUUUGUUUUAAAAAAAUGGAGCAGUGCAAUGGCUUCUGGUAGAAAAUGUUGACUUUCUUGUUCAGUGAGACUGAAGUGACUAUGAGACAUGACAAUGAAAAACCAGCCAAACUUGGACAGGUCAAUCUUGAACAAGCAUGCUCAUCAUACACUGUUCAUAUUACUCAAAAUGGAUGACUUUCUGGACAGAAGUCCCUUUGCCAGCGAUGGAAGGGAAAUUGGGGUGACUGAAAUAUUCUAGGAAAUUGAGGUAGGUAUGUUUAUGUAACUAAUACUUGAGAUUUUAACUGGAGAAACCUUUCAUUUUCCAGUCUAUUGAAAAUUCAAAGAGAGAGACUUCUCAAAUAUACUUUUGAUUCCAGGUCUUCUCACUCCUCAAGUCCUUACACUUGUGGUUUAUUUUUCCUUACAAAAGUGGGCUGAAAAAUAUUUUGUUAGAAGGAAAAAAACACUAUUAACUGACUUAACUUUAAGCUUGCUCCAGGUUGUAUUUACUAAGUAAAUCUUAAUGCACUGGAUGGGAUUUAUUACUUGGUAAAUUUGUUUGGGAUUGCAGUCUUUAUUUUACUUUGUACUUGUUUGACUUUAUUUAACAAAUCACUGUAAGUGUCAUACUAUGCAUACGACAAGGUAAGUAUGCACAGUGAACCUUGGCUCUGAUCCUUUGUACUAGCUUUAGUGGAA